AUGAUCUCAUCGUAUCAGGAAAUGCAUGAAAAAGUUGAAUCUCUUGAUUUCAAUGAAAUUAUUUUCUUCACAAACUUAUCGAAUAUCAUUACCGAAACUCGAAAGCUGGAUAGAUCAAUGGUGUCAAGUAUUCUGGUGAGGUCAACAAAGAUCGCGUGGAGUCUUCUGUUCUGCUCUAUAUUUUUUUUUGCACUUGUCUGA